UAGUUUUCUUUGUAAACCGAGUGAUAUGUAAUUAAUUAAUUGACAUUUGACUAUAUCUAUCAGGACAAUUAAUUACCCAUUUAUGAUCGUUUAGUGGUGUAAAUGUUGACUUUUAAAUACGAAGGUUAGGCCCUAAAUGAAUGAAUAAGGCAAAGAUUUUGGUUGUUACCAGGACCAAGUAGUAUAUUGUGUACAAUCAAUAUUCCAACCUUCAGUAAGUGACAUCAAUAAGCCUGAUAUACGGGAUGGGGAGGUAUACAGGGAAAAAAUGCCGCCUUAUCUCAAUGUUCUGGUUGACAACAUUCUUCUUCUUGGUGGAGAUUGUGGUUGGUUACGUCACCAACUCCAUGGCCCUCGUUGCAGAUAGUUUCCACAUGCUGAGUGAUGUUGCGGCUCUGGUUGUCGCCUUCCUCUCCGUCAAGAUGUCACCCAAGAAGUGGUCCAAGAACACGUUUGGUUGGGCCAGAGCAGAAGUGUUGGGAGCUCUAGUCAAUGCUGUGUUCCUCGUAGCUCUUUGCUUCUCCAUCACAGUUGAAGCUGUCAAGAGGUUCAUAGAGGUGGAAGAGAUCCAUGAGCCCAAAUUGAUAGUGAUUGUGGGAGCCCUUGGACUCCUGGUCAAUGUCAUCGGACUCUUUCUCUUUGCUGAACACGGAGGUCACGGCCACUCUCACGGAGCCAUUGCACACAGCCACACACGACUUACCCAGCUGGUGUCGGUGGGGGCGACAGACGACAAUGAGAAUGACGAGACAUUCCGCCCUCCUCUGGAGAAGGAACACAAGACUCCGACUGCCGAUCAGAUGAACAUGAGGGGAGUGUUCCUACAUGUGCUGGCUGAUGCUCUGGGCUCAGUCAUUGUCAUUGCCAGCGCCACGCACACAUCUGAGACCGUCGACUUUGUAUCACAGCAAAAAUAA